AUGCCGUCCGCGAAAAAGUCAAAAUCGAAAAACCUGACAGCCGAAGAAGCUGGCGUUCCCAAUGAUUCCACAGCCUAUUUGAAAUCGUUAGAGAAUGAAAACGUGGUGGAGCGGGUCCGCUGUGUCAUUCGAGAUGCGCACGUCUUCAAAUUGCCGCCCAGACCAUCCGCUGGAGGAUGGAGAGGCGCAGAUUGGACGGAAGAAGUGUGGCAAGGGACUGUCAAGGUGACCGAGCGAGACGAUGUCACCAUGGUCCUGCUGGUAGACCAGACCAAUGGAAAGAUCUUUGCGGUAUGUCCCGUCAAGGAGGGAGCUGUCGAUCGCUGUGUGGACUCGAGUCGAUACUUUGUGUUGAGAAUAGAGAAUCAGAAUGGAAGGCACAUGUUUAUUGGACUGGCGUUCAACGAGCGCAACGAUGCCUUUGAUUUCAAUACUUCGCUGGAAGAUUCAGCGAGAGAACGGGCCAAGGCCAACGAACCAGUCGUCCAACUGCCGGGUUUGGACAAGGAUUACAGCAUGAAGGAGGGAGAAAAGAUUACAGUGAAGAUUGGAAAAUUGGGAAGCGGAAACAAAGAAAAGAAGAAGAGUGCCGCAGGAAAGAAGGGUGGAUUUGCACUGAAACCAUCCUCCAAAGAUACAGCUCGGAGAGCUGGAUAA